AUGGUGGAUGAUUUUGCUAGGCUCAUGACUAACAAAUUUCAGAUGAGCAUGAAUAGAGAGAUUAACUUCUUUCUAGGACUUCAAGUUAAACAGAUUUCUCAAGGAAUCUUCAUCCAUCAAGAAAAGUAUACCUCUGAGCUAUUGAAUAAAUACUCAAUGGAUAAUUGCUCGUCAGCUAAGGUCCCCAUGGCAUUCGGUUAUAAGAUUUAUGUUGAUCCCUCAGGAGAACCUGUUGAUCACAAAACUUAUAGAGGCAUCAUUGGCUCUCUCAUGUAUCUCACUGCUAGUCAACCAGAUAUAGUUUUUGCAACAGGUGUAUGCGUAAGAUAUCAGGCUGAUCCAAAAGUAUCUCAUAUGACCGCAGUCAAACAAAUUUUGCGGUACAUGAAAGGAAGCAAGUCUCUUGGCCUAUGGUAUCCCGCAGGAAAUGACUUUAGUCUUCAAGAGUUUACUGAUGCGGAUCAUGCCGGAUGCCAACUUGAUCGAAAGAGUACAUCCGGUGGAUGUCAAUUUCUGGAAGGAAGACAUGUCAGCUGGUCCUCAAGGAAACAGAGUUGUGUUUCAUUGUCUACUGUAGAAGCUGAAUAUGUGGUCGCAGCCAGCUGUUGUUCUCACGUGUUAUGGAUGAAAACAUAA